AUUUUAACACGUGACCAUAGUAAACGUGUAUCACGUAACGAACAAGAUAGUCCCCUAAUAACCUGCUAAAGUCUUUUAUGGAACCCGGAAGUUAUUUUAGCAGAUGACCAUAUUAAAAGUCUGUCUUAAAGGCAAAAGUUUAUAAUGUAACGAACUAGAUAGUCAUCUAAUAACGUGCUAAAGUCAUUUAUGGAACCAGGAAUUGAUUUUAACUCGUGACUUGGAGCGUGAAACCCGGCACGCGCUUACCAGCCCUUAUCCUGAGUCAGCAGUCUGUUCGCAGUCAGCUGACAAAGUAGGACAUUAUCGUUUCCUUCUGACUUUUUUAAGCGGUGUUACGUCGUCUUUCAAAAGACCAUGUUGGCGCACAGAGCUUUCACACGCGGACCUUCUGUGUUGGCCGCAGGUGGCAACUUCACCACGUUGUGCCCCAAUGGCUCCGCGUGGGUGUGGGAAGGUCUCGGCGAGUGCGCUCAGGACGGCAGAGACAUGGCCAGCAUCUACCUGGGCCUGCUGUCCAUCCUCUGCUUCAUGAUGUCCUCGCUACCGCAGUAUUACAGCUCCUGCAAAACGGGCAACAUGGACAGCGCCCUCUCUAUCUGGUUCCUGCUGCUGUGGCUGGGGGGUGACACUUGCAACUUGGUGGGCUCCUUUUUGGCCGACCAGCUCCCGCUUCAGACCUACACUGCGGUCUACUACGUGCUGGCAGACCUGAUGAUGCUGGCCAUGUACUUGUACUACAAGACCAGGAACAAAAUGGAGGAAAGCAGGAGAGUGUUCCACCUGGUGGGCGUGGCCUGCGUCCUGGGCUUCACGACAGGCUUCACCGACCUCCCAGGGUGGGGCGCCGCCCGACAGGAAGUGAUGUCCUCCCAGUACACAGGGCGCACGUUGCUGUCCAACACUAAUCUUGCUGCUGUCAGGUCCUUCACGCCCAAAGAGAUCGUCGGUUUCUCUAUUGGCUCCGUGUCGUCCGUGCUCUACUUGUUCUCCAGACUCCCUCAGAUGUACACCAAUUUUCAGAGAAAGUCCACGGAGGGCGUGUCCUACUUCCUGUUUGCUCUGGUCAUCCUGGGGAACACCACCUACGGUCUGAGUGUGCUGCUGAAGAACCCAGACCAGGGCCAAGGAGAGAACAGUUACGUCAUCCAUCACCUGCCUUGGCUGGUUGGCAGCCUGGGGACUUUGUCUUUGGACUUGUGUAUCUCCUUCCAGUUCUUCCUCUACCGUAAAGCUGCAGUGAGGCUGCAUGCUGACCACUCUGAUGGGGAGCCUGAGACCACGCCUCUAAUAGGGAGCUAAGCCCCUCCCACCUUCAGAUCAAAUGACAGCAAAUUGACUUUUAAUGUUCUACUUGUAUUUAUUGACUUGUGCUUUUAUCUUGAAAGGUGCAGACGACAUUGUUGGCAUUCCAAGAUGACUUUUAAAAGGGAGUCGGGGGGAAAAAAGGUGUUAAAUCUCUUAUAAGGAAAAAAAAAAAACAUUUUUAGGUUGCAAAACCAAAAGUUGCUGCUGCAUGGAUGAUAUUGUAACUUUAUUUUUAUGAUGUGAAUGUAACCUAUUUUUAUUGAUAAGUGAUCAUCACUCAAUGGUGCUUUUAAUUUGUUAUUUUUAGAUGCAUUUCAAGUUUUGUUUUAAGAUGCUUUUAGACACAUAUUUGCACAGGUGAUAGAUGGUAACCAUGGUAAUUACACACUAUUUACAGUUUCACUCCUCAUCUCACUCUUUUUGCACACUUUUAUUGGUCAGUGUUCUAAAUAAACCAUUGAAUUCUGCUUGCUCUUGGUUU